GUGGUCGGUCCUUGAAGCGGCGGUCUUCGGUCGUCCGUGGAGUGAAAACGGGACGGAAAACACGACGAGCCGCGGAGUAAACUCUCUCCCGAGGAUUUAUUUCAUUUCUCCGCCUUAGUUCCGGUGACUUUGGGCCGAACGGGGACGACUGGAGGAGUUGAAGCGGAACCGGAGGAGUUUGAGUCAGACUGCUGAGGAACUAAGCAGAUCCGGGUCUCCUUCUGGACUUCCUCCCUUUCUGAUCCCUUCUCCUGAUUGGCUGCUGCUCCUAGAGGGCGGAGCUAACUAUGGGGUAAGAAAUCUGCAGGGAGACACCGAGACGACGAGCUGAGGAGGCCUGCUCACCUGCACAGGAGGACCAGUGCAGGAUCGGUCAUGGCGCUGCUGAGGAGGAGGCUGAAGCUUGUGGUAACCGUGACGAUGGUUAACCUCUUCAUCUUCAUCCUCAUCUCCAGAAGUAGCAGCCAGGACAAAAAUGGAGGUCAAAAGGUCCAGGUUCCUUCCAAACCCUUCUGGACCAAACUGGUUCCCAGCCCAGCGUACUGGAACCGCCAGCAGCAGAUUCUGGACAUGCAGAGCAAUCCUAUUCUGAUGGCGAACCUCAGCGAUGACGGGUUACCCGGCUGGCUCAACAGCAGCAGUUUGCCCUCAGAUCCCUGUCAGCCCAACUUCAGAGUCACCACUCAGGUGAAAGACUACAACUCCCUACCGGACCGUUUCAAGGACUUCCUGCUUUACAUGCGCUGCCGCUCCUACCCAAUCAUGAUGGACCAGCCAGACAUCUGUAAGGAGCCGCCCUUCCUCCUGCUGGCUGUCAAAUCUCUGGCUCCUCACUUCGACCGCCGCCAGGCCAUCCGAGAGUCGUGGGGACGGGCAGGCCUUACGGCCAAUCAGACAGUGGUCACUAUCUUCCUCCUGGGCAAUGCCACGGCUGGAGACCACCACCCGGAUCUGUCCGGGAUGCUGCACUAUGAGAGCGUCCGCCACAAAGACAUCAUCCAGUGGGACUUCAGGGACUCUUUCUUCAACCUGACUGUCAAAGAGGUUCUGUUCCUGGAGUGGAUCCAGACUCGCUGCUCUGGCGCUCGUUUCAUCUUCAAAGGGGACGACGACGUCUUCGUCAACACCUACCGCAUCCUGAACUUCCUGAGGGGCCUCUCGGAGCCCAAAGCCAGGGACCUGUUUGUGGGUGAUGUGAUCACCAACGCAGGGCCACACCGAGACAAGAAGGUCAAAUAUUUUGUCCCUGAGAGUUUGUAUGUGGGGAUGUACCCUCCAUAUGCAGGAGGAGGCGGGUACCUUUACUCUGGAGAUGUUGCUGCUCGUCUCUACAACGCGUCCCAGCGAGUAGCGCUCUACCCCAUCGAUGACGUCUACACGGGUAUGUGUUUCCGUAAGCUGGGGCUGGCCCCAGAGAAGCACAAAGGUUUCAGGACCUUCAACAUAGAGGAGAAGUACAGGUUCAACCCUUGUGCUUACAAGAGCUUAAUGCUGGUCCACCCGAGGACGCCGCAGGAGAUGAUCCAGAUCUGGGAAUGGCUCAGCAGCCCAGAUGUGGUCUGCCAGUGAUGGCAUCCAGCAGGGAACCAAAGGAAAGAGUUGUAGGACAUGAUAGGGUUGUUCCUAACAGGCCAAAGUGACAAAUGCUUCACUAGGACAUGGUCAUGACUUAAAAGUUGGCAGCUUAAGUUAAGAUAUUAUUAAAUGGUCACUUGGAGCCUCAGUUCGGCACAGCGGAUGCCUAAAGAUGAGGAUGGAUGGGACGAUAUCAUGUUUCCAGAUGUGCUAACUCUGCUUUACUGUCAGACGACAGUGAAUGUGUCUUUGAGUGCAUAUAUUUAUAUCACAACUAUUUAUACGGCCUUUCAGAUGCUUUAACACUGUGUCCGCUCCAUGACGGAGCGUCUCAAUGCUGUAUUUAAUAAAUGACGAGACCAAGACCUGGUGUCCACCUAGGACUCACUGAUCAAAGGUAGAAGACGCUGCAGCCGUGUUUCCAUGACCGUCUUUUUAUGUUCGCUUUGGACUAGAAAAAGUUUGCUCAUGAUGGGAACAGAGUUUUUCUGAUCAGCUGUUUCUGCUUCAUUUGUUGCCUUUGGUCAAAACCAGCAAAGAAUCACAACUUUCCUGAUUACAGAAGCUUUUCCUGAAGACUUGACAACAGCUGGUUUUGUGUCCAGCUUCUUCUUUCACUGUUUAUUACAGCCAUGUAGCCUAUAGCGCCACCUUCUGACAACACUAAGCAGCUCAGUUUGUUGGCUUCACAGCAGCCAAUGGAAAUAAGCGACAUUUAAAAGUUAUGGAAACACGGCUUGUGUCAGGUUAGUAGGAGUGAUAGAAAACAACUUUUUCAGCUCCUGUUUGUACUGAACAUCGUAUAAAAGGGUAAGUUCUCGGUAAAACUAGUGUUUCCUACAUGCUGCGAGCUUUAAAAGUGGUUCCUUAUGAGCUCUCCUUGUAGCUGGAGGCUUCGUUUGUGCUGCUAUCCUCACUCCCUAAAGUAUUUACGUGUGAAACGGAACCAGUUUCUCCCGGUAAAGACUCGUGUUUUGUUCACAAAUCGUUUAUUGACGCCUGAAAGCUCAAGAUCCGUUUUCAUUUUAUUGGUAAUACUUAGAUUCUUCCCAUGACGUCUGCUGUUAGUUUCAAUUUUUGACGCGCUGCAGAAGCUUCAGAUCAUCAAAGAGCUUUGACGUGGGAGGUUUGGUUUAGUGAACACACACGAGUCCGGUUCUGUGCAGCUCAGCAGGUCUGGGUUUGACAUGGAUGGAAAAAUCCAAAUGCUGUCUAAUUCUGCUUCAGGUUCACAAAAACUGCUUGUAUAAACCCUAAGUGCAUUUUCAGAGAUGUGUAGUUUAAAGAUUGAGCGUGUCGCUUUAACUCCACUCUGUUGUGUGAAAAUGCUUUAAAUGCUGCUUUAAGUGAUGUCAGAGAGUCCAGAAUGCUUUAAAUGCUAUAAAUUGCUUUAAAAUGCAUAAAAACCCUUUAAAAUGCAGGUAAAACUAUUACUUGAGCUACUGAAGCUUCUGUUGUUCACUGUGUUUCCUCCGUGUUUUUAGAUCCAGUUUUACAUCUCCUGCUGUUAGUUUUAGAACAAUGAAUGAUUCUGGUUUUAUUUAAGUUACUGCUCAGCUCCGUUUAUUUUUACUGACUUUAUGAGCUCUGCUGCUUUUUUCACCCCUUUUUCACCAUAUUCCUGUUCACACUUUAAUAAUUACAGAGAGGAUUUUAAUAGGAACUUUUAGACAAACUCCAGGUUUAAGGUUGUUUUUUUCAGAUUUCUUUCACAUUUAGAGGUGAUUUCCUUCAGUAUUCUCAGUCAGAACAGAUCUAGUGGCUGGUUUCAAUCGGAUGUUUAGACCGACUCUGAACCUGGUGGUUCAUGUUGUUUUGUAGAAAAGGAGAAUGAUGUUUUUUGUCUCUGUGCUCCACCUGCUGGUCAGGAAGGUGAACUGCACACAGUGGCAGACUAAACUCUCUAAUUUAUUUAACCAUGACCUCCUUGUCUCCCCCUUCUCCAGAUCAUGUCCUCUAAGAGAAGUUUCUGUUUCUCUGUAAAACCUUUCUGCAGUGACUUUUAGCCUGCAUUGGUGACGGAUAGCUGCCACACAAAUAAACAGAAAUAAAUUCUUAAUAAUUAAGGAAAGUUUGGACAAUCAGAGUGAAGCUCUUAAAUUAUUCACACUAUUUUUACUUCCUGUCACGUGGCAGAAUCCGUCCAUGUAGGAUAAAACACUAAGACAGAGGAGCUGAUUUCAUCCUCGAUUAUUUAAACUCUCCUGUUUUUUGGGUCAUAGUUUCACUUUUCUACUCGCUGCAGUUUGUGGCGACAUGAAAUGUUUACAUGUUAAGUCACAUAUAUGUUACUUCUGUGUUUUUUACUUCAUGUUUUGCUUUGUGAAUUUAAUCUGUGCCUUUUGUUGUCGUUUCGCUUCACAGUUGUGCUCUGAAGGACCUUUUUUUUUUAAUUAUUAUUUUGUAAAAGAUGCUCAUCUUCUAGCUGAGUGUUUGAACAUCCAGUGUUUCUGCAGGACGUUUCGUUUCUCUGAGCUUCUCAGAUGCUGAAGUUGUUUUUCUGGGCAGCAGGUACCAAAACCCACAUAUUUCCAUCUGUAAUCGAGCUGCAGCGAUUAAUUGAUUAGUUGUUAAAUCCAUCAGUGCGAGUCAUUUUGAAAGAAAAAACGUGUAAAUUCGCUGAUUCCAGCUCCUUAAAUCUGAUUAUUUUGUGUUUCUUUGCUCUUUUAUGACAGUAAAUUUGAUAUUCUGUGUUGUGAACUACAAUAAGACAUUUGUUCUUUGGUUUUUGGACACAAAUUGGCUUUUUUGAACACUUUAAAGACUGAACAACUAAUUGAUUUAUUGAGUGACAGUGGAAAUUAGUGAUUAUAUGUAAUUAAAUAUCACUUUAUCCAACCAGAAAGAUAAAUUCUUUUUCCAAACAAACCUCUCAGAUUAUUUAACUGUUCCAUCAUCAUGCAUCUCGUCCCACUUGAUCAGAUUUUAUAUCAGUUGUCACUUUUUUUGUCACCCAGAGCAAUGAUUUUAACCACAUUGUGAUUGAAUGAUUUCAUUUGGCUUCGUUAGGAUGAUCACCGAAUCUGUGCCUGAUGUUUGUACGUAGAAGAACCAUGUUAAGUAUGAUCGCUUUAUUUCAUCCAAUGACUUGAUUUAUUUCAAUAAAGUUAUAUUUUGCUGUUUUUGUA